CUCCAUCAUCAAAUUCCAAAUAUGUCUGCUGCUGUUUUCUUCUGACCACAAAACAAUCUCGUGGAGAAUGGCAAACAUCGGAGAUAACGAGCUAGAACAGCUCGAAUACCUCUCGUUGGUAUCCAAAGUGUGCACAGAACUCGACAACCAUCUGGGGAUAAGUGAUAAAGAUCUAGCCGAGUUUGUCAUCAGCCUUGCUGAAAAGCAACCAACAUUUGAUGGCUUUAAAUCACUUCUGUUGAAAAAUGGCGCAGAAUUCACAGAUUCACUUGUUGGCAAUUUGCUCAGACUUAUUCAAACGAUGCGGCCUCCACCAAAGGAAUCUACAAGCAAAACCUUUGAGCCUAUGGUCAAGCAGAAGAGUGAGAAGGACAAACUGAAGGAGUUGUUUCCAGCAUUAUGCAGGCCAGACGAUCCUGCUCCCAUGGCCAUACUAGAUGAAGACGAUGUGAAGAUUGCAGACGCCGCCAUGAAGGAGUUGGAGAUGUUCAUGCCCAGUGUGAGUAGAUCAGACUCAAAGAGCAAGAGCAGGUCGGACAAAAAGAGGCGGCACAGCAGAAGUCGGAGCCGAGACAGGGACAGGAGGAGGCGUCAUCGUUCUCGGUCCCGCUCACGCUCUAGAUCUCGCUCUAGGGAACGUGAUCGUCAGAGAGACAGAGACCGUGAGAGGGACCGCGACCGUGGUAAGAAACGUGCAUCUCGCUGGAGUGAGCGCAGUCGCACCCCCAGCCCCCACAGAGACCGAGACAGGGACCCAAAGGAAGGCUCUGACCGGUGGAAGGACAAACACGUGGACCGCCCUCCACCAGAGGAGCCUACUGUGGGAGACAUCUUCAAUGGCAAAAUCACUAGCAUCAUGCAGUUUGGCUGCUUCGUGCAACUGGAGGGGCUGAGGAAACGCUGGGAGGGGUUGGUGCACAUCUCUGAGCUACGCAGAGAGGGACGCGUUGCCAAUGUGGCUGAUGUGGUCCAGAAAGGUCAAAAGGUCAAGAUCAAGGUGCUGUCCUUCACUGGCUCCAAGACCAGUCUCAGCAUGAAGGAUGUAGACCAGGAAACUGGGGAGGACCUGAACCCCAACAGGAGGAGGAACCAGGGCCCGGAUGGUGAGGAGGAGAAAAUCAUGAGGAACCCCGACCGCCCAACCAACCUCAACCUGGGCCACGCCCCUGAGUUGGAGGAUGACACACUGGAGCGCAAGAGACUGACCAAGAUAUCAGACCCCGAGAAGUGGGAGAUCAAACAGAUGAUUGCUGCUAAUGUUCUUUCUAAAGAGGAGUUCCCUGACUUUGAUGAGGAGACCGGUAUCCUCCCCAAAGUAGAUGACGAAGAAGAUGAGGACCUGGAGAUUGAGCUGGUGGAGGAGGAGCCUCCGUUCCUGAGAGGACACACUAAACAGAGUAUGGACAUGAGCCCUGUCAAGAUUGUUAAGAAUCCAGACGGCUCGUUGUCCCAGGCAGCCAUGAUGCAGAGUGCUUUGGCUAAGGAGAGGAGGGAGGUGAAGCAGUGUCAGCGAGAGGCCGAGAUGGACUCUAUCCCCAUGGGCCUGAACAAACACUGGGUAGACCCCCUGCCUGACGUUGAUGGAAGGCAGAUUGCAGCCAACAUGAGAGGAAUCGGCAUGAUGCCAACUGACAUCCCGGAGUGGAAGAAACAUGCCUUUGGGGGCAACAAGGCCUCUUAUGGCAAGAAGACAGCGAUGUCCAUCCUGGAGCAGAGAGAGAGCCUGCCCAUCUACAAGCUCAAAGAGCAGCUCAUACAGGCUGUCCAUGAUAACCAGAUCCUGAUUGUUAUUGGCGAGACUGGCUCUGGGAAAACUACCCAGAUCACCCAGUACCUGGCCGAGGCGGGCUACACCACUCGGGGGAAGAUCGGCUGCACUCAGCCCCGUCGUGUGGCAGCCAUGUCUGUGGCCAAGAGAGUCUCUGAAGAGUACGGUUGCUGUCUGGGCCAGGAGGUGGGCUACACCAUCCGUUUUGAGGACUGCACCAGCCCUGAGACGGUGAUCAAGUACAUGACAGACGGUAUGUUGCUGAGAGAGUGUUUGAUAGAUCCGGACCUUGGCCAGUACGCCAUCAUCAUGUUGGAUGAGGCCCACGAGAGGACCAUUCAUACUGACGUACUCUUCGGUCUGCUCAAGAAGACGGUGCAGAAACGCACAGACAUGAAGCUGAUUGUCACUUCAGCCACACUAGAUGCCGUCAAGUUCUCGCAGUACUUCUACGAAGCACCCAUCUUUACCAUCCCAGGACGUACCUAUCCAGUGGAGGUGCUCUACACCAAAGAGCCUGAGACAGACUACCUGGACGCUAGUCUCAUCACCGUCAUGCAGAUCCACCUGACCGAGCCCCCAGGUGAUGUCCUGGUGUUUCUGACGGGUCAGGAAGAAAUUGACACAGCUUGUGAGAUCUUGUAUGAACGGAUGAAGUCUCUGGGACCUGAAGUGCCUGAACUCAUCAUUCUACCUGUCUACUCUGCACUGCCAAGCGAGAUGCAGACCCGUAUCUUUGACCCUGCUCCCCCCGGCAGCAGAAAGGUUGUCAUUGCCACUAACAUUGCUGAGACGUCUCUGACCAUUGACGGUAUCUACUAUGUGGUGGACCCAGGGUUUGUGAAGCAAAAGGUGUACAACUCCAAGACUGGUAUUGACCAGCUGGUGGUGACCCCCAUUUCACAGGCCCAAGCCAAGCAGCGGGCUGGAAGAGCUGGAAGAACUGGCCCAGGGAAGACCUACAGGCUGUACACAGAGAGAGCCUACAGAGACGAGAUGCUCACCACCAACGUGCCCGAGAUCCAGAGAACUAACUUGGCCAGCACUGUGCUGUCCCUCAAGGCCAUGGGCAUCAAUGACCUGCUAUCGUUUGACUUCAUGGACGCUCCACCCAUGGAGACGCUGAUCACAGCUAUGGAGCAGCUCUACACUCUAGGGUCUCUGGACGAUGAAGGGUUGCUCACUCGCCUAGGACGCAGGAUGGCUGAGUUCCCUCUGGAGCCCAUGCUGUGUAAGAUGCUGAUCAUGUCCGUCCAUCUGGGCUGCAGUGAGGAGAUGCUCACCAUCGUCUCAAUGCUGUCUGUGCAGAACGUCUUCUACAGGCCCAAGGACAAGCAAGCCCUGGCUGACCAGAAGAAGGCCAAGUUCCACCAGGCUGAGGGAGACCACCUUACUCUGCUGGCUGUCUAUAACUCCUGGAAGAACAACAAGUUCUCCAACCCCUGGUGCUACGAGAACUUCAUACAGGCCCGCUCCUUGCGCAGAGCCCAGGACAUCCGCAAACAGAUGCUGGGUAUCAUGGACAGACAUAAACUGGAUGUGGUGACUUGUGGAAAGGCCACAGUGCGUGUACAGAAGGCCAUCUGCAGUGGUUUCUUCCGGAACGCAGCCAAAAAGGAUCCCCAGGAGGGCUACCGUACCCUCAUUGACCAGCAGGUGGUGUACAUACACCCCUCCAGUGCCCUGUUCAACCGCCAGCCUGAGUGGGUGGUGUACCAUGAGCUGGUGCUGACUACUAAGGAGUACAUGCGGGAGGUGACCACCAUUGACCCACGCUGGCUGGUAGAGUUCUCGCCUGCCUUUUUUAAAGUGUCUGACCCCACACGCCUCAGCAAACAGAAGAAGCAGCAGCGCCUCGAGCCACUCUACAAUCGUUACGAAGAGCCCAACGCUUGGAGAAUCUCCCGCGCCUUUCGGCGGCGCUAGAAUGUGUAUCGUGUAUCUCUACACAGAAAGAGAGGGACACACUCUUAUAUCAGCUGGUUGAGAAAUACCAUGGAGAGACAUUGUCUGCCAACAGGCCUUGCUAGCUGUUAGCUGUAACAUGCUAUUGAUAAAGCUGGGUCAUUAUCUACUUGUUUUGGAUGUGUAAAGUAUGUGUUUUAUGUGUGCUCCGCUGUCUUCUUUUAACUGCUAUUCUAUCAUUUUGAGCUGAGGUACUGGUAGGCCCAAUUCUCUCUCUCUUGACCUGUGUAGAAGUCGACUAGUAAAGUGAGACGAUUUAAGGGGUCAGGUCAUUGCUCCCCUGUCCUACAGGCUUGUUUGGGGAACAUGAAUAAAUGUCUCAUCCCCUGAGGAGAAUCAAUCUCCUAUUUGAGUAUCAUGGACAACGAAACAUAUGUUUGUUUUACUUGAAUGUCACAUCACAUCUGACCUGUGUGUGUGAACUUCCGAAAAUGAUAAAUUGAAUAGGAAGGGGACUGGGCAGUAAUUUAAAGUCGGUGAAUGUAAUUGCUUUAAGAGCACAGUGCUCUGAGACAGUUUGUCUUUUAUAGUAGGCCAUAUGUUAUACAAUGAAGGGAAAUACCAGGAUGGAACUUCAUACUUGCAUUGUCUUUGGUUUAGCUUUGAGGGAUUGCUUUACUGUGCUAGUGUAAUCCUAACAUUUUCCUGCACUCAUUAAAUAUUGUAUGCGCUCUCUUACUUUGUUGCCAAUGUUUAAUUUAGAAAUGUUUUAUUGGCAGCCACACUCGUGUAGGAGUUUAAAUGGUCAAAUGGGCAAUGAGUUUACCCCCACCUGGUGACUAAUAAAAUCAUUACACACAGAA